ACACUUGGAAGGCAUUUAAAGAAAAAAGUCACAACUCCUUUUGACAAACUGGUUAUAUUAGUUUACUGGAAAAGUUCUGGUUGAACAGGUUUAAGUUCAGAAGAAAAUAACUCCACAGUCCUUUACGGAAAUACAUGUUUAAAGGAGUUUCAAAGUAACUUCUGCUCAAGACAGUUCAAGUUCAGUGGAGGAACGAGCAACACCACAUCGUCAUUAUUCAUGCUGUGAAUCUGUGAGUGGCGAUGGCGUCUGUUAAAGAGCAGCUUCUAAACUCACUGGAGAACCUGACAGAAGAUCAUCUGAAGAAGUUUCAGUGGACCUUAGAAAAUAAUCAUAAGUGUAUAUCAAAGUCUGAAAUGGAGAAUGCAGAUAGGUUGAAAACUGUGGAUAAGAUGGUGGAGUGUUUCGGGCCAGAAGAAGCAGUGAAGAUCACAGUGGAGAUCCUGAGGAAGAUAACCAGGAAUGAUCUGGCUGAGCAGCUGGAGAACAAACACAAGCAAGGCUCAGCUGAAGAUAACAGACAAGCUACUCUUCAUGAUUACACAGAGGCCAGCUGCAGACUGAAGGACAUAUUAAAACAGGAGUGUGAGCGGAUAUUGGUGGGUAAUUCACAGACGGGUCAUCAGAAAAACCUGAACGAUAUCUACACUGAUUUAUAUGUGGUGGAGAAUGAGACUGGAGGAAGAGUGAACGAGCACGAGGUGAUACAGAUCGAAUCUCACAAUCGACCGACUGCCAAGGAGACUCAAGUCAAGUGUAAUGACAUGUUUAAACGAAACUCAAAGGUACUGACGAUGGGGAUCGCAGGGGUGGGAAAAACUGUCUCAGUCAAUAAAUUCAUCCUUGACUGGGCUGAAGGAAAAGAAAAUCAGGGUAUAAACUUCAUAUUUCCACUUCCAUUCCGUGAGCUAAACCUGAUUACAGAGGACUGCAGUCUCACAGAACUGCUUCAUGAACACUUCUUUAGUGAUAAGGAACUGCCCUCUCUUCCUAAAGGUGACAGGAAGGUCUUGUUCAUUUUUGAUGGACUGGAUGAAUGUCGCUUCCCUUUGAGUUUUGAAGAUGGUGUCAGAUUUACAGAUGUUCACAAAAAAACAACAGUGAGUAAGAUAGUUACAAGCCUGAUCAAGAGACACCUGGUUCCCUCUGCUCUCAUCUGGAUCACUUCCAGACCAGCAGCAGCCAGUCUGAUUCCCCGAAGAUACAUUGAUCAAGUGACAGAGGUGCGUGGGUUUAACGAUGAGCAGAAAGAGCAAUACUUCAUCAAAAACAGCAGUCCUGAGGUCGCUGGAAACCUCAUCAGUCACAUCAAGAAAUCCAGGAGUCUGUACAUCAUGUGCCAUAUCCCCGUCUUCUGCUGGAUCUCUCUCACUGUUCUUCGGCCUCUACUGGAUCAAGAGAGCAAUGACAAAACUCCCACAACUCUCACAGGGAUGUACACAAGCUUCUUAAUUUCUCAGCAGCAACAGAAGAAAGACAAAUACUGUGCUGUGCCCGAACCUAAAGUCAAUGCAGUGUCUUUUGAUCAGAUUAUUCUGAAGCUUGGGAAACUGGCCUUUCAACAGCUGGAGAAAGGUCAACUGAUUUUCUACAAAGAAGAUCUUGAGGAAUGUGGACUCGAUGUCAGGGAAGGUUCAGUGCAAUCUGGGUUAUGCACUCAGAUCUUUCAGAAGGAAACUGUUUCAGCCAGAAGUGUUUUCAGCUUCGUACAUCUCAGCGUCCAGGAGUUCCUUGCUGCUCUUUAUGUGUUUAUGAUGAACAAAAACAAGAAAGCAAACCCAUUUCUUCAAUCCCGCAGUGAAAAACUGACAUGGAAACUGUCCAAAAAGUCACAGUUUCAGCUUCAUAAGGCUGCAAUCAACAAGGCUUUAGAAAGCAAGAACGGACACCUGGACCUUUUCCUUCGGUUCCUCCUGGGUCUCUCACUGGAGUCCAAUCAGAGUGACCUGAAGGAACUACUGCCAAAACUGAAACUCAAAUCAGAGAACGUUAAAGACACUGUUGACUAUAUCAAACAGAAAAUAGAGACAGAGAAAUCAGUAGAGAGGACCAUCAAUCUCUUCUACUGUCUGAGUGAACUAAAAGAUGACUUUGAGGAGGAAAUCCAGAAGAAUCUGAGCUCAGGAAAUCUUUCAGCAGAUCUCUCCUCUGCUCAGUGGUCUGCUCUGGUGUUUGUGCUCCUGAUGUCAGAAGAAACUCAAGAGAAGUUUGAACUGCAGAAAUACAGAAGAUCUGAUGAAGCAGUGAUGAGACUACUGCCAGUGAUCAAAAACACCAGAAGAGCACUGCUACAUAGCUGCAAUCUCACUGCUCAGUGUUGUGAGAGUUUGUCUUCAGCUCUUCAAUCCUCAAACUCCUUCCUAAGAGAGCUGGACCUGAGUAACAAUGACCUGCGGGAUUCAGGAGUGAAGCUUCUCUCUGAUGGACUGAAGAGCCCAGACUGUCAGCUGGAGAUACUGCGAUUAUAAACCAAGGGUUCUCAUCUGUGGCCCUCAAGAUCCACUUUCCUGCAGAGUUUAACC